UGCUUGAAAAGUGACGUCGAGAGGGGGUCAGGGGGGUCGCUGCCCCGGGGCCCGGAUCUACUGGGAAGACCGGACGAAGAUGAGGUGUGAGGUGUUGUCCCCGGGGCCCUUACUGGCUCUCGACGCCACUGUGCUUGCAUUUGUUGCCGAGUGUGAUCGCGUGUAGUUUUUAAAAUGAAACAGUACAUGUAUUUCUUUUAUUUAUUUAUUUUUUUGCGGAUUGGGCUUUCCAUACGUUUCGAGAAAUAAUUUUUUCAACCACAAACGCGGUAAACUCGAUUUGUCACCGUUAUCGUCGAGGCGAGAACUUGAUAGAAUUCGUCACCUGGGAGGCCUAGCCUAGGCCUAGUGGACAAACACGGAAAUUCAAGAAUCCAUGAGUGUAAACGCCGUUUGAGGACAUGUGCAUAUAACAGUCUUUUUCGAUAUCAACCAGGGCCGCAUAGUGCAACCAAAAUAGUGCGCAACAAAGGGGAAUUUAGUGUCUAUGAGAACUUGCUGGUGAAUGUUUACAAAUUGAGGGAAAGACGAUUGUAUGAUGGCGCUAGCCGACUGGAGGAGCUUGUUGAAAAGCUUGCUGCAAAAGAUGAAGAACAAGGUGAGGUUGCCAGGUGGACCCGUCUUUCAUGGAGAUUCUUGUCAGUUGCAUGAUAUUCAGCUUAAUGGCUAUGCACACUAUUCUAGGGAACUUUUUGAAUGCGCAGGGAACAGAGCCGAUAGAAUGGGCCAACAACAUAAUCUGGAUACAUCGGUUUUUCAAAUGGAACCCGGAAGAAAUCUACACGGCCAUGACCUCUUCCUUGUCAAGGUGUCUGAUGGGUCUGCUGAAGAAGUGGAGAGGAGCAGUACUUUAUACCAUGGGCUGGUUCACAGCAGAACAAGUGACUUGAAUGUUAAACUCAGCUUACCUAGGCUACCAGAUCCCUCUCACACUAGCAUGCUCGGCCUUAAAGUACCAGUUUAUAAUGAGGUUGCUGAUGAUGAAGGCUUCAACGAGUCCAUGAGUAGUGACAUGGCAUCCUCUACACCAGAAGAUGUGGAUAAGAAGAUCAACCUAUGGGAAGCUGCAAUUACACAUAAACUGCAUACAAAAUACACAUGGGAAACAAUUGGAAGCUUUCCUAAGCCCACCGAGAGGCCAUAUCUGUCAGAGGCUGGCCCAGAUGCAUUUGACUAUUUAUACCAUCUAAGAAAAUAUGAGUUAACCCUAGUAGAGCCUAGCAUUCAGGUUCAAAAUCAAGUUGAAUUAACACAGUCAGAUCUUGUGAAAGAUGGACUCAAUAUACUGCUUGCAAUUCCUUCAAGGACUUUCCAAUUUGAAAGGGAAACUUCAUCCUUCCAUGUAAACUGUAAUAUCCACUACAAGGGAACAUCACCAGAGAUGUUAAGCCAGAGCUUAGCCCCCCUAGCUGAGGCUGGCACCCAGUAUUGGCAGCUUAGUCAAUUUGCAGUGCAGCGCUCGUUAGACUCGAUGUACACCGGUGGUCUGACAUUACAAGCAUUUUGUAGUGGCAUACGCACCUUCCUACAGUUGUAUAGUUCACGAGUGUUAACUGUGCCGUGGAAUAGUCAUUCCACUAUUAGUAUGGUCCGACAUGCUUUCAGAGAAUUCAUCGCCCAGCUAAGAUAUUUAUGGAUGUUCUGUAUGUGCCACAGAAGGAGGUUUGGCAGACCUGGAGAUCCUGGAGAUCCUCUUCCUACUGGAAUUCAACUGCUCUCCUACAUUUACCAGGAAGCCCUGGAUUGUUGCAAGUCCCAGAAUUACAAAGUGAUAUUGGCACUGCUUCGGACUACUUGCGGGCCAUACCUCAUGUUUAUUCAGGACUGGAUCUUCAAUGGCAUCUGCCGUGAUGGGUAUGGAGAAUUUAUGAUCACAGCCAACGAUGAGUAUCUUCAAUACAGAGACAAGUACUAUUGGACACAUGGUUAUGUCAUGAAUACAGAAAAUAGUAGCAGCAGUGUCCCAAUGUUCCUGCAGGAACUAGCCAAUGGUAUGUAUGUGUGUGGGAAGACUCUGAAUUUGAUGAAGCUCUGCUGUCCUGGGCAUUUUUUAUGCAACAAUCAUGUGCCAAUUCCACGACUCACUCUGACAUUCUCUCUGGAAGAGUUGGAACGCAUUGAUAAGGAGACGCAUGUUUACACGGAGCGAAUGCACAACAUAGCCCGACGCAACACUGUGUCGAAGGAGGAAAAGGAAGCUAGGUUGGAGAAGGCACGAGAAGAUCUGCUGAUCCAAGCAAGACGGACUGCUGUACAUGAGUUGAACAGAAUAAGAGGUGAGAUGAAGCAAGUUAAAGAGGCAGCAGAUGAAAAGAAGAGGAAAGAAUUAAAGGAGUUAAAAGAACAAAUGCAGCGAGAUCUUGUGAGACGUGCAAUGAAAAUUGAGGAAGAAAAGGAGACAGACCGAAAGGAGAUUGAGGAGCAGGAUCGAAUUGAGAAGGGAAUUGCGGACAUAGAAGGAGAGUUGGAGAGUAAGGCAAGAGAAGAAUUAAUUGAAUACUAUGCCAAGCUGACUGAAGAUGCCAUACGUAGAGAACGGCAUGCUCUGUGGCGAGUACAAAGGCGCAAGUUAGAUGACAAAAGAAUGAAGUUCUUUCAGCAGGAUGAAGCCGACAUGAAGAAAGAAUUACUGAGGGUAAAUCAAGAAACAUCAAUCUCACCAGAACCAUUGACAAAGACAUUGUCUGGAAAAUCUGCUAUGUCUAGUGAACUUCCACCUUCUACAGAAGAUCAGGUAUCAACAACUAAAAUUGAUUUCCAAACUGUAGUUGAGUCUAUACCACCCAGAAUUGAGCAGCCACAGACUAGUUCAGAGGAUCUAAUCUCAAUGAAAGGAGACGAUGGCACCACAGGAUCAUCUGUUGUAACUGAUAAACAAAUUGAUCAGCAACCAGGCCAGAUGAAUUUGCUUGAUACAUCUUUGCAUGACUUUUUGCCAAAGCCUAAAGAAGAGUUAUUUCACCCUCCAGAUAAUGAUCUGGAUGAUAUUUUGAUAGAAAUAGGCUCAGAGCUGCCCUCAAAAGAUUCUGAUAGACUUGGAUAUGUUCAGGAUACACAGAAAACAGCUCCUGACAAACAGGGUGCAAGACAUCCAUCAGAAUCAAACUUCAUUGUUGGGGAAGAGAUUGGUGGAAGUUCAGUUUCUUUGCCAUCAGGCAGUGUUGGCCAGGGUUGUGUGUCAACUAUUGAAAACAUCUUAUACUCUAUGGAAGGCAAGAAUGAUCUUCCUCAGAAAGGUGAUCAUGGACAUGCCAGUGAUGCCAUUUUAACAGAUUUUGCAGCUGACGAUAUAAACAGCAAGUUUUGUGAACACAGACCUCAUCUGCAUGGACACUCAAGCGAUUCUACAAUGGGUGGUCUUAUUUACCCAAAACAAGGAGAUGUUGGUGGAACAAUAAAACGUAAACAAAGGUCAAAAUGGGGUCAUCCUUCAACGACCUCUGACAUUCAGUUAGGAUUAGUAGCAAUUUCAGAAAAGGAAGAUGAUACUCUAAAACUUCAGAAAGUCACAGAAGAUGAAAAAAAAUCAGGAAUUGAACCUGUGUCAAGGUCAGCUAAUGUCCGAAUAUUUCCAAUAAAUCCUCAUGGACAUUCUUCAGACUCGACAGUCCAGACAGUGCUGUACAAUCAAGAAUUAACUGCCAAUUCAAAAGUAUGUCAGCCUUCUGAGAAGAACCAGGAAGCUGUCAGUGCCUCUGAGCUUUCUGCAAGAGGUGCCUAUGGACACUCUUCCGAUUCUAGUAUACAGAAAUUACUUUAUCAAGAUAUUGGUGGAAUGGAGAGGAAGCAAGAGGCUGUAGUAGAAUCUGGACAAGUAUAUCGUGGAAGGGGUUUGAAUGUUGUUGGUCAUCCCUCCGAUUCUUCGGCAGGAAAGCUCUUGUAUGGUGAAGGUAACGUUCAACCACUAGACUUAAAAGAUUGAUUUGGUUAAUAAGUGCAUUUUAGACUAUUAUAUAGUGGACCUAAACAUUGAUGAUUACUUCAAAACCCUUCGUAGCUUCCUGUUUUUACAAGAUGGUGAAUUCGGACAGUCCCUCUGUGAUCAACUAUUUGAAAAGCUGGCUCAAGGGCUUAGGCCAGGUGAACUGUUCACACCUAUGGUACUGAACCAGAUCUUAUCCAAAGCUAUCCAGCAAUCUCUCAACAGACGGUCAACCCAUGCUGAUAAGCUCAGCUUCUCACUAAAAUGGCUGCCAAACAUGUUCAAACCCAACGCAAUUGAUAGUUUGGAUGGCUUGGAACUUAAAUUCAAGAUUGACUGGCCAUGUAAUAUUGUAAUCACCACUGGGUGCUUGGAAAAGUACAACCGUGUGUUUUCAUUUAUGUUACAAUUGAAGCGUGCAUCAUGGGUGUUGAGGGAUAUAUACUUCCAACUAAAAAGAAGUGCAUUAAUUCAUCAUGCUGGCAACUCGGCACAGUUCCGACAGCUGCAGCUGUUCAGACAUGAGAUGCAACACUUUGUAAAUGUAAUGCAAGGUUACAUUGCAAACCAAGUGGUCAACGUCAGCUGGGAAGAGUUCAAAGGUCAAUUGAAGACAGAUGUUCAGAGUUUAGAUGAUCUUCAUAAUAGACAUGUGGAGUAUCUCAACAAAGCCCUUUUCAGAUGUUUACUAAACAAGAAAGCAGCACCAGUGAUGAAGAUCAUCACCAAGAUCUUCUGUCUGAUUCUGAAGGUGUGGACCCAGCUGGUGUCUUCGCGCUGGUACUAUGAUCCUGAUAUCCAUCAAGUAGUCCACCCAGCAUUUCACACCGUUAGGUCUUCUUACUCGGCCUUCAAGGAGUACUCUGGCUUUUUGUACAAAGUUGUUUCAAAGCUUGUGACCAGGGGCUACCAACCACAUUUGGAGGAGUUCUUAUUACGACUGAAUUUUAAUGAUUUUUAUAGUGAAGGCUGAAGGGACUAUACAACAUCCCAAAACAGACAUUCAACCUGGCAAGUUGCCAAUGCAAAUAAAAGGAAGUUUUAUCAAGCUGUUUCAUUGGUCAGAAUGUCAUUAUUGCAGACUAUCAGUGAUUGUCUAAGUGUUUAAUAUAUCCUGUCACAUGGUGAUGUUGAAGACUUGUGUGAUGUCAUGGCUUCCUCAACUUAGCAAUAACAACAUAUCUGUCAUUAGUUUUUCAGUGUAGCAUAUAUCACUGGAAAACCAUCAGUUUUGAAUUGUUAAAUUUAAGGCUCCUAAAAAAUGAAAAAAAAAUUGUAAUAGAAAACCGAAAACCAAAGUUCUUAUUUCUUCUUU